AUGGUUGAACCACCUCUUUUUUGCAAUCAAAAAAUACAACUAGAGACAAAAAAUACAACUGAAAAUACAGACGUAACCCUAACCCUAUCUCGAGAGUCCAGACCCAUCCCCCUCGACUCCCCUCCCACCUCUCCCGUCGCCAGCCUUCCUUCCCCUCAGCAGACCCCCUGUGCUCCCGUCCGCCGCGACAGACCCGUGCGCUCCCUUCUCCACCUCUCUCGUCAACCUGGAUCUGUCCUCCCAUCGUCUCCACCAAAGCCAAGCAAAGCAGAGGAACAGGAAUCCCGGUUGAAGGAUGACACAGGCGGCGCGGCCGACGUGGGCGUCGGCCAAGGGCGAGAACGAGCAGGGGGCACCCGCAUCUUCGGGCCCUCCGGGAAGUAUUCCUCCCGUGACCUUGCUGCCCACACCUCCCUCAAGCCCAGGCACGAUCCCCUGUGCCCCAUGGAGAAUGGCGACAAGGUGGCGGCAGUAGUCACCAUGGAAGAAGUCGCAAGAAGAUCUACCACGUCGUCUCCAUUCCGGGAUCUGUCGCCCGCGCCGCCGCCUCCCUGCCCUCUUUGCCGUUGCCGUCGUCCAUUGCCGCAGACGCCUCCUCCUCACUGGCGAGAUGGUACGACCUCCCCUUACCGCGCUCCAGGAUGCCAAGUUUCAGCUUUCGCCGCCUCCUGCCACUCAUGGCGACCGCCGCGUCGCCCCCUCACCCACCACGCCCGGGACCCCAUGGCGGCCCGUGUCCUGGUCCCCAUGGCUAUCGGCCUUUUCCCCUCGCCCCCAUGGCCGGCAUCCCCAUGGCGGCUGCUGUUGUGUUGAAAAGGGUGCUAAAGUAGACCUUCCAUUUUGGCUUGCGCAUGGAAUGUUGUCUCUGGAACAAGCGGUGUCAAUAAAUGUACCUCAUUGCUUCACCCAGAAGUAGGUUUCUUCGUUACAAAAAUGUAUUUGUGGAAAUUCUUGAGAGGGACACCAAUAUAUACUGGAUGCAGUAGUAUGUAUUUAUCGUUCUCAUUA